UUUAAUAUGAACCUAAUGAAUAUCUUGGACAUUCUUCACUCAAAACAACAAGAAAAAGAAAAUUUUCCUUAAAAACUAGCUUCAAACAUGAGCGCUUUUCAGGUUAGCAUUACCCCGACUCGUAGUCAACCGAAGCGGCGCACAGAAUCCCGCGAACCGACGUUGGUUAUACUUGGACCCUUUACGCCCAAAGCGACGGUUAUUUUUGAAGGAGUACCAGUAGGCAAGACAGCUCGUCGGCAGAUGCUUAUCAAGAACCCGCACAAUGAACAAAUAAAGGUUUUGGUCACGAAAAUUCCUAAGGCUGAAUUCAACAUAUCUCUAGAAUGGACAUCUGCGGAUAUUUCAUCCGGAGAAGAAUGUCAGCUCGAACUAGUAUGGAACCCAUUAAAAGUAAUAAGUUCUAAGGAAACCAUUCAAAUCAGUGAUAGUAUUGGCAACAAGAAGGACGUAGCUCUUAUUCUGAAAUCUUCAGAUAGCAAAAGAGUGGCACCUAAAAAAACAGUUUGUAAACAAGCCACAAUUCCCAGAAAACUAAAACUAAAGUCACCUUCGCCACCAAAGCAAAUAAUCAAGAGAACUGUUACGAUGAAAAAAAGAGAAUCACCGCUUAAAAAAUCGUUUCUAACAACACAGUCUAAUUGUCUAGUUGUAUCGAAAAACAACGUGUUAGUAGAUAGAACAGCCGCUAAUAUUUUCAGUGAAGUUAACUUUUCACGAAUUUCUUCGGAACCUAUGCAGUUUAGUAUGGCAGCAGACAAAGAGAAUGUGAGCCCACAAACACCGGAAAGAAACUCAAAUCUCUUUAAGGGUAUUCAAUUCACACCGUCUAGCAAGGAUAACUCCCAUCUUGCUGAUUUGCCUACUCCCGUAAAUCCACUGAAAACUAGCGCUUUUUUAUAUGAUAAAACUACGACAAUAACGAAAAAACCAUAUAUUUCACCAAACGGCGAUCAAUAUUUGCGUGUGAGGGAUAUUCACUCCUUGCCUUCAGAUCAAAGUGUCCUUGCCAUGGCAGAAACUCCGAAAUCAAAUUAUAAAACAUACAAUGCUUCUGAAAUCAUUGGAACACCCUUUAAUCGGAAAAGUUCACUUAUUGAAAAUAGUAGAUUUGAUCCUAAUUGCUUUUCAACUAUAACGAAAGAGGGAAAGCCCUUAGAACCCGAGAUUGGAACUGCGGAGUCAAACGGUGACAUCAAUAAACAAUUAAAUUUCUCUUGCGAAAUAGAACUAGCAGAAUCGCAGUGUAAAGAACUACCAGUUACAUCAGCCAAGACAAAAGAAUUUGAUAGUGCAAUGGGGAGUUACUCUCCUUGCCAUGAAAUCCAAUUAGUAUUGCUGGAAAGUCUCGAAGGAGUCCCUAACGAACAGCAGAAAAUAUUGAAUAAAACUCAAACAGUCUCAACAAACGACUCCCAUCAGCAACUUUCAAUGAUUGCUGAAGAAAGCUCACGAGACCUGGGUUUAACUUAUUAUACCAGCAUUUCUACAUUUACGCAUGAAUCAGAAGAACUGAAGGUACAGCAGAAAACAUUUCAUAUUAAUAGUAUGAUCAAGUCUAAUUCCGAUGACAACAUAGUAAAAAAUUUAACAAUGGACGUCAAACAGAUUUCUUCCGCAAAGGGUUCCUUGCCAAAUUUGAACAAUGAAGAUGAUGAUGACGCACGUAUGUUCAAAGAGCACGAAAUUCGCGCCCAAUCAAGCCGAUUUAACCUACAUGAAAUUGACCUCAUGGGUGAUGAACUAAAGCCAAUAUUGGGGAAACGUGUGCUCGAUAGAAAUUCCAUAAAUAACGGGAAAGAUGAGCCGAUCUCAUUGCAUAUUUCGCCUCCUAAGAAAAGCAAGUUGGAGUCGUCAUCUCCAACGACAUCACUUACAGCUGCAAAUUGGUGGACCGCUCCGAAGGUGCCGAAAUCCAGUGCCUUUAACCGUGAAGGGAAAUAUAGCUUUCAAGUGCCGAAAAACUUAGCUUUACGCAAUCUCACACUUAAAAAACCACCUGCACCAACAACAAUUAGCAAGAAAUUUGAUAUCGAAGAAAAAAGGGUGUAUCUCUAUGAUUCCGAUCAACAUCUUAGAACACUGAUCAACCCAGAUCCAUUUGCUGCCACAACUACAUGUGAUCCGUUUCUUACCACGACGAUGUAUUUGGACGAGAGGAGUUAUGAAAAAUAUGAACGUCAGUUGAAAAAAUGGCUAAACGCGCUAGUAACAAUUCCAGCCGAUUUAGACACGGAGCCAAACAAACCAGUUGAUGUUGCGAAACUGUUUGAUGAAGUAAAGGGAAAGGAAUUAACCCUUGCGCCGACGAAAGAGCUCAUUUCAUCCAACUACUAUCGAAACCGAUUAAAUCAAUUGAGAAGCGCAGGCAUUUCGCUGUAUUUCAACGAGAAGGUGGCUGAACCGUUACGGAAAGUACGCGCUGCCAUUGAAAAAAAGUCAUUGGUACUGCGUACAGAUCGAGAUUUGCAUUUAGACCUAGUAUUACAACGAAACAUUCUUGAAUUACUACUCUGUUUCAAUCCUCUUUGGUUACGACUAGGAUUGGAAAUCACUUUUGGAGAGCAAAUUGAACUCCAGUCCAAUCGAGAUGUUCUCGGAUUAAGUACUUUUAUCAUAAAUCGGCUGUUUCGAGACCGUUACCUUGAGAUAAAACAUUCUAGAGCUUAUAGCUUGUCUCCUGCUUAUGCUGAACACAUGAAAAAGUUCACACUCCGAAUGGUCUUGUUUCUAAUAUUUUUCCUGGAUACGGCUAAAAACCAGCGGCUCAUUAAGCACAAUCCUUGUCUUUUCAUCAAAACCGCACCUUAUAAAGAAACCAGAGAAAUUUUGAUCCGCUUUUCAUCGUAUCUUAUAGCUGGAAUUGGAGACAUAACAAAACAUUUAAAACGAUUUGGAUUUAUUCUAACGCAUAAACAAACAUAUUUAGAUGAAUUCAAUUACGCUUUUGAAAAUCUAGCCGUAGACCUCCGUGAUGGUAUUCGACUAACACGAGUAACAGAGAUAAUUUUAUUAAGAGAUGAUCUCACGCAAAGUUUGAGGGUUCCUGCAAUCUCUCGAUUACAAAAAAUUCAUAACAUCAAUCUGGCAUUGAAGGUACUUGAAGAAGCUAACUUCCAGAUAGCAGGAGAUAUAGCUGCCAAAGAUAUUUGUGACGGUCAUCGCGAGAAAACUCUUUCGCUGCUGUGGCAGAUUGUGUAUAAAUUUCGGGCACCGAAGUUUAAUGCCGCUGCUAAUAUAAUACGAAACUGGUGGAAAAAAAAUUGGCUCAAGGUUGUCAUUGGAAGAAGAAUAACGCAGAAAUGGAUGCAACGCAGAGAACAAGCGGCAAUAGUCAUUCAGUCCGUUUAUCGAGGGCAUCAGACAAGGCUACAUUUUAAACAAAUGCGCCAGGAAAAAAUGCACGCCGCAGUUGUACUGCAAAAAUACACUCGAAGAUAUCUGACACAGAAAAAGGCUGCCCUUCAGUAUGCAUCCAUUUUGCGCAUACAACGCUGGUGGCGAUUAGUUCAGACAACCAAAACUGUACGGGAACAAUUUCUGUUGCAGCGAAAAAGUGCUAUAGUGUUACAAACGAGCUUUCGUCGUCAUAUGCUGGCGAAGCGCUUACUGGCAGCUUCUAGAGUUAUUCACUUACUGCAGGUCGAGGCUCGUAUUAGGUACGAAAAAGCUCUCAUUAUCCAAAGGACAUUGAAAUCCUAUGUUAUUCAUCGUAAACUGCAGUCGAUUGUACUGGGAAUUGUGACAUACAACAGGCAUAAAGCAGUACGCCAUUUUUCUGCUACAAAAAUUCAAUCUUUGGUACGAAUGCAUAGAUCUCGACAAGAAUUCCUUAAUCUUCGUAAAGCUGCGGUCACGAUUCAACGACGAUGGAAGGAGUGCCUGCUGGCCAGAAAGGAACGAAUGGAAUUUGUAAAAUUAAAAAAAUGCACCAUCAUAAUACAGCAAAGGUUACGAGGAUACUUUUUGAUGAUGCAAACCAAAGCAGAAUUUACGCGAAAAAUAUCAACUAUACUGUUAAUACAGAGUAAAUUUAAAGCUAAACUAGCAAUGAGAAAAGAGCGUUCUCGGUACUUGCAAAUGAAAUAUUCUGCAAUAGUAAUUCAGCGACGCUAUCGGGCCCUUAUUGCUAUGAGACACUGUCGGCAAAUGUUUCAAAAGUUGAAAUCGGCUGCAUUAGUAAUUCAGCGAAGGGUUCGAGCAAAUGAAUUAAUGAAAACAAAAAGACAUGAGUUCGAGAAUUUGAAAAACGCAGCGCUCAAAAUUCAGCAACAGUUUAGAGCUAAAAUUGCAAUGAUUAAUGCUCAUACUCAUUAUCAACGAAGUAGAUUAGCUUGCAUCAUAAUUCAACGUCGAUUGAGGGCCACUUUGGUAAUGAGAAAACAGAGGAUGGAAUUUCUGGCAAUACAGUAUUACACCAUAGUUUUACAAAGACAGUUUAGAGCAAAUGUUACAGCAAAGGUAAAACGGUUAGAAUUUUUAAAAAUCAGAAAUGCUGCUAUAUGUAUUCAGAGAAAAUUUCGUGCCGCUAUAGUCGCUCGGCAUGUACAGAGCAUUUAUCAUGCAAAACGACAAGCUGCAAUUGUGAUACAACGAUAUUGGAGAAGUGUUCGUCUGAUGCGAAUGAACAGAAGUCAAUAUUUGACCAAACGUACAGCUGCCAUUACUAUUCAGCAACGUUUUCGUUCAUAUAAAUUGUUUAAAACAGCUCGUUCUAAUUAUUUACGUAUAAGAACAGCUGUUGUUUUGAUACAACAGAAAUAUCGAGCCACAAAGGUAAUGCUGAGGCAAAGACAAACUUUCCAGGACACAUUGGCAGCAAUUAUGUUAUGUCAACGCUGUUAUAAGGCAUCUCUAGUGAGUCGUAAGCAGAGAGCUGAAUUCAUCAAGCUGAGAAACACUGCUGUUUUUGUACAACGGCGCUGGCGUGCAAAGUUGGCUAUGAGAGCGCAACGCGACAAAUAUCAAACACUGAGAAAUGCUGUUCUGGUUGUACAAAGGCAGUACCGGGCGUUGAAAUCAAUGAAAUUUGUUCGAACUGAGUAUGAGAGGACUAGAGUUGCAAUAAUUCAUAUUCAGAGAAAGUAUAUAGCUACGCGUGAGAUGAAAUGCGCACGUAGCCAAUAUUUAAGUCUGAAAAGUAAAGCAAUCGUAAUACAACAGUAUUUUCGUAGCUAUUUGAAAAUGAAAAAACAAAGGAUUAUGUACAUCCAAUUGAAACAAGCGACACAAUGUAUUCAGCAACAAUUCCGGGCUUCGAAAAGCAUGCAUUUACAGAGAAAACAGUAUCUUAACCAGAGAUCUUCAGCAAUUGUAAUUCAACGAUGGUUUCGUGGAUAUCUCAAAAUGAAGCAUUCCCGCCAACAAUUCUUAUGUCUCAAACAAGCCUGUCUUGCUCUCCAACGCAGAUACCGUGCUAGGAGUAUCAUGGUUAAAGAGAAAUCUCAAUAUGCAGCUCUACGAUGUGCCACGCUAAUAAUUCAACGGAAGUGGAGAGCGACACUAACUAUGAGAAAACAACGUGUAAAGUACCAAACUACCAUUAAGGCAGCUUAUGUAAUUAAGCAAUAUUAUUUAGCCUAUAGACUGCGAUUGGUGGAUCAGGUCAAUUAUAGAAUUUUUCGAAGUGCCAUUAUCAUCAUUCAGCGUAAAUUUCGCGCCACACAACAGAUGCGCAUCGAGCAAACACGGUAUCAACAACUAAAAGAAACAACCGUUCGGCUACAGGCUAGAGCUCGUGGUUACUUAGCGCGGCAGGCAUUUUUAGCGAAACUUACUCCAGAGUAUUUAGAACGUCGGAUUCGAGAGCAAAGUGCCAAAACAAUUCAAUCAUAUUGGCGGGGCUACCAGCACAGGAAGAAACACCAGACAGUUACAAUUCGCGAUAUUGCUAACCGAAUGAUUGCUAGUAGAAAAAACGCAAUGCGGGAUCCCUCAAAUCGAGUUAGCAAUAUUUUAAAAUCUUGCAUGAAAUUCAUGAAAACGCGAUUCGCGGUACAUGAAGCGAUUAAGGUUCUACUAAGAAUUGAGCAUAUAUCGCGGCUUGUGCCGCAUUUGUUAGUGAAGGACGCAAUUUUUUUGGCAAGCUUUUGUUACAUGACAAUGGCACAAGCUAUUCGUUCUGAACUUGAUAAGCAGCUGAUAGAAAUAUGCGCUCGUAUAAUUUUGAACAUGGCGCGAUAUGACGGAACUAAGGAACAAGCCUUUCAGGAAAACGGUCUAGUUACUGUAUCACAGAUGUUGCUUCGUUGGUGCGAUAAAGAAUGCGGUAUCUUCAAUACCCUUUGUACUCUACUCUGGAUUCUAUCACACGAUAAACACAAGAAAAAUGCUAUUCGACGCUACAUGAUUUCGCGUGAAGCGAUCUACAUGCUACGAGAAACGAAAAAACUUGUUCAACGCAAAGAGAAUAUGCGUAAAAAUGUGAAGAAGCCGGUUGGAUGUUUGGUACCACCGGACCCGACAUUGAUGCGAAUGAAACCGAUACUCGAACCAGAUUUUGGAGUGAUACGCAGCAAACCAUACGUUUUUUACUCAUCCGUGUUUGCUUUCGACACGGUAUUGAAUGUAUUGGAUGUAGACAUAUCAUAGUCAGUGUACCGCUGGCUUUAGUUUUUUCUCUCAUUUAUUAUAUUUUAAUCUUCGACCUGAGUUGUUACGCGAAAUUGCAACAAAAUAUGUUAAUAUAUAGA